AUGGCUCCGCAUUUUCCGCGACGCUGCUCGCACCAACCGUUACGAAGGACCACUUAUCGCCCGCUCGCAACACGCUUGCUCCCCCUCUUAGCGCUGGUUUUUGCCGCGCUGAUUCUGCCGCAAAACGCGCUGGCGGCGCAACCAGCAGGAUCGGGCUGGGGAUGGAAUGUCGCGUCCGCCGUGUCGCAGCUGUUCUCGUCGCUGCGUGCGGGAACUCAAACCGCGCAGCCUACGACGACGUCUGCUACAAGUAGCGUCAAACCCGCUGCGACUGGCACUUGCGACCCGUCGUCUCUGUCGGGUUACACGUCGUCGAUCGCGCUCGCGAGCGGUCUCCGCCUGCAUUGGGCGGUAACCGCCACGUCGACGAUCCAGCUGGCCGUCGAGGCGACGCGGGCCAGCGGCGCGGGGACGGGGUGGUUCGCCGUGGCGUGGGCGUCGUCGCCCGGCGCGAUGGCGCCGGCGGAUGCGGUGAUGUGCAACCUUGCGACGACGCCGGCUAUUAAAGCGUACAGGAUCACGGGGUUCACGAGGUUCACCCGGUCUACAGGUGACGGCUCGGCUGUGGCUGUGGACGUGGCAGGAGUCAACUCGCUCAUCUGGGCCUUCUCCGCCAGUGGCUCUAAGACGGUCGCCUACCACAACGGCCACUAUGGCAGUGCUGACGUGGACUUCUCCUGUGACGCCUCUGCUUCCGCCACCCCCGCGCCCCCUCCGCCCGCCACCUCCACCCCUCCGCCCUCCACCUCCGCCCCUCCUCCGCCAUCCACCUCUGCUCCUCCCCCUCCGCCGUCGUCUUCUGGGGGAGGCUCCAACUGCCCCGCGUCCACCCUCCCCGGAUACACCUACCAGACUCAGCUCAAGGGCAGCACGCCUCCCUCUCUGCCCUCCUCUCUCCUCCCCUGCCCCUUCUACAGCCUGCUGCUCCACUGGAAAGCAGCUUCAGCUUCCCAGCUCGAUCUAGCCAUCGAAGCCACUGCCGCUCCGGCCAAGGCUGGCUGGAUCGCCCUCGCAUGGGCCAAGGGCGGCAAGAUGGCUCCUUCUGACGCGGUCUUUGGCAACAUGGCAGGCGGCGGAGUGGCGGCGUAUAAGAUCGGUGGAUACUCCAUGGGCUCGAUUCAGCGCACCACUGCUUUUUCCAUCGGAACUGCCAACACCACCACCACUGCUUCCGGGUCAACAGUGGUCAAGUUCUCCCGAACCCAGGGCACAGGUUCGGCAGCAAAGGUGCAAGUGGCGGGGAGCAACAGCCUGCUGUGGGCCUACUCCCCCUCGGGAUCUAAGAGCCUCGGCUUCCACGGCGGCGCAUAG